AUGAAACGAUUUGCUGGUUCUUCCUUGGUGGUGGUUUCUACCUGCCGCUAUUUCUUUGGUAAGGGAUGGGAUAAUGCCUCGCUGGACACUAUCUUCAGUUGCAUGCUUCGCAAACCUGAAGUGAACGAUCGAAUUCGGAGUCAAUAUGCUUCUACCAUGGAUCCUCGCGAUGCGGACGUUCUUCGCCGUCUCGGAGAGGUUGCAAAGGAAAACAAGACCUUCAUUCGGGUAUUCCUCCCACCUCACUUGGGUGACCCUCAUCGUCUCUUGAAGUGCUACAGCCUUAUGGCUUAUCCAAUUCUUGACGAUAAAGGUGGACAGUUAAAGGUGGAAAUGGAUGGACACCAUCUUGAUGCCUUUGCAGAUCCUGAUGAUGACUAUGCAAAGGUGGUUAUUCCUCAUAUUGAGCUUGUGGAAUACCUAGCUAAGUCCCUUUUGGAAACAAUGAAAUGGGAGGCCACCCCAAGAGGUGCUGCUUCGCUUCUUGAAUCGCUUUAUCGUGGGGCGGAGAUUCCGGACCAUGUCUUUCAGACUCCUGCGGUCAUUGAACACAUUGGAGAUUUUAAGGAUGGUAACAAAGUCACUCAGUAG